AUGUCCAUCGGACGCGGAAACUUGAACCAACUUGGCGGCAAGAUGGUCUUCGAGCAUGGCAAGACCCCGGCAUCUGGCGAAGGUGGCUGCGUCAACUUAGCCCGCGGAGGCCUUGUGCAGACUGGUGGCAGCAUUCUCUUCUCUGACUGCCACACGGGCUCCUGGAGCAGUGGCGGGGCUCUCUCUGUCACCGGCAACCUCCGGCAAACAGAUGGCCAGCUCCUGUUUUAUGAUUGUACUUCGCCUUUGUCGGGUGGGGCGCUUUGCGUCAUGGGAGAUGCCACUCAAGAGGGUGGGGUCAUGGAGUUCCAGAAGUGCUACUCUGAAGAGACUGGCGGUGGCAUGUACGUUUUCGGCGACCUGACGCAGUUGGGUGGCGUGAUAGAGUUUCUCCAGUGUGCCACUGGCAGCAACAUGACCCUUUUUCAAAGCAGCCGAGGCUAUGCAGACCAGCCCAAGGUGGGCGGUGGGGCCUUGCACAUACAAGGAAGUCUGAUCCAGAAGGCCGGAUCCAUCAGUGCCGACAGCUGCACCACAGAAGGAAAAGGUGGAGGCAUUUUCAUCCUCAAUGGAGACUUCCGGCAGACAGGUGGCAGUACACAUCUGCAGAACUGCACUGCAGACGUGCUUGCAGGGGGCAUCGGCUUGCAGAAUGGAAGCCUCGUGCAGGAAGAGGGCUACCUAUGGAUUAGCGACUGCCACGCCGGCCAGGCGGGUGGUGCCUGCAGCGUCCAAGAAGGCAAUGUGGAACAGAAUGGGACCGGCGAGAUUUUGUUCGACGGCUGCUCCUCGGAAGGCGUCGGAGGUGGCCUUUGUGCCUUUUCUCGGGGCUCAGUGAAGCUGAUGGGGAAGAGCGUGUUUCAGCACUGCGUCGCUGGAAUGAGUGGUGCAGCUCUGUACAGUAUUGCACCGACCACAGUGGCAUCUUCUACCAUCAUCGACACAACUAUACACGGUCAAGUUUCUUUCUUCGUGCGAAGCAGCCUCGUCAUGGAGAAUGUGUCCAUAUCGAGCACUUUGCAGCAGCCGUUUGAGGCCCUGGCAAGGGAGAUCACCAUCACGCAGCCGCCAAACUGCUCGCUACUGGCGGAUGGCUGCCAGUUCACAGCCACAUCUUUGCAGGUGCCGCCGCCUCUGUGCUCCCAGGGCACCGGAGUCAUCAACCUCACCACGGACGGGCAGUCGAUGAUAGGUUGCGAAAAAUGUCCCCAGGGUUUCAUGCAGCUCAUGGAUGCCAAGUCAGAGGCCUGCCGUCCCUGCCCAGUCAGCGCUCAGAUCUGCGAGCCUGCCCGGGUCAAGAUGCGGCCUGGUUACAUGGUCACCAUACGCUCGAGCAUCAACGACCUGAGCCCACCACGGCGCUGCGCUGCACCGAAAGCCUGCCCUGGAAGAUCUUUGCCGGACGAGCGCUCUUCCAUGUGUGCGGAAGGCUACGCUGGGGAUGGAUGCCUUUACUGUGACGGCACGACCCAUGCAGCUGCUGAUGGGCAAAGCCUUUCUUGCACGAAGUGUGGAGUCAGUCGGGAUUCCUUGCCCAUGGAGAUUGCUUAUCUCACGGCCAAGAUGCUGGGAAUCUUCACGAUCGCUCUCUUGGGAGGCUUUGCUCAGAAAGACGAGGAGACGACCACAAGCAGCAUCCUCCUGAAUCAGCUCAUGGCUUUCAGCGCCGCGGGUCUCGUCGCAGUGGGAGCUGCUGCAGACACGACUGCGGCCCGAGCAGACGAGACCCUGGGCAGCAUGCUCCAGACAGCCCGGCAGGUCUUGGCCGUGUCCCAGGCAGAUUUGGGCCUGACCUCCUUCGAGUGUAUCCUGAGUUCUGCUGGCCUGGCGUCCUCGAUGGGCGUCGCGCAUGUCCUCUCCACGGCCCUACCCACACUGGUGAUGCUGAGUGCUGGCAUGCGAUACCCUUACCUGGCCCUGGUGGCUGGCAGCAACUGCUUCCUACCCGGCUUCGCCGCAAGCGUCGGAAAGUUUGUGGUGGUGGUCCCAGACGUGGAAGUGGAAGAGACAGGAGAGAAAUCGCAACUGGUCAUGCCUGACUUACCCCAGGGCUUCUCUGAGACCACUGGCGUGAUGUUCUUUGGCGGGUUGAUCUUGCUUUGCUUCGCAGCGGUCGGGCUAGGCUGGUCCUAUGUCACAGUUAUGACCAAGGAGUCGCCAACGCCGGCUCACGUGGCCUACCUGCGAAGCGCCUUUAACCCAGACCACUCAGCUGCUGAAGUGGAGAGGAUGGUGCGGAAGAUGCUGUUCAGACUGCUGCCCGUCCUUCUCCCGGUUGGAGCCUACCCCGCCUCCCAGAUGGCCUGUGCCUCUAUCCUGCUGCUGCUUGUGCUGGUGACAUUUAUGCAAAUCAAACCUUAUCGGGAGAUGUGGCUGAAUCAUGUCGAGAUUGCUUUGAUGACCAUCGCACUCCUCAUGGUCUUUAUGGCUAAAUGGCUGCUGAGCAGAGAUGUCGAGGGCACUGACGGCUCUGCCAUCGACGUGUUCCUACUGGGCACGCUGGCUUCGUUGGGCUUCACUGUGGGCAUUGGGCUGACGGCGUCCCUGCUGUGGUUUCUAUUUGGCGAACGACAGGGUCGAGAGCUGCUGGAGGACCUCUGA